AUGAAAAGUGGGUUGGAGGAGACGGAUGAAGAUGCGGAGGAGUUGUUCAUGUUGAUGGAAGGAAACCAGCGGGUAUCUAGGAACGUCAGGGCUAAAUGGUUUUUCGAGAGUUUGGGAAAGACUUUUGAUCUAACUCAAGUUCACGAUCAGGAAGAUUGGGACGGAGUUCGACUGGUUGGUGGGCUGCCAAAGAAACCUGAUCAAGAAAGCAAUGAAGUCAGGGUUUCUUCUAAAACUGUUGUUACCUAUUUUUCUAAUUGUUAUCGGCUGAUUUUUGUUAUGGAUUUGUCACCGUCAGCGUUCUCUACAGAUGAAACGGGUCCUGGAAGCGUGUUUUAUACGCGGAUUUUGAAGACAGUUACUGUUUGCUUAGAAAAUGUUGUUAAAAAUGUAAGUUUAAGCAAGCUCAUCGUGAUGGUAAUUGGAUUCCUGGUUUCAUAUUAGCAAGUAAAAAAACAAGUUAAGUUAACAUUGGUAACAUAGUAUAAUACAUACUCAUAAGAAGUGAUUUUAGUUUACAUUUCCCGGUACCAACAUGCCAUUCCGGCCUCAGAUCUACGUUACUUUUUGUGCCUUUUCUCCAUUUUUAUGUUUUACUCACGAAAGUGUAAGUUUUUAUUCUCUGAUUGUUAUGAAUUUAGGUGCUGUUGCAAGGCGUACUACUGACUGAACAGACGAUUGAUCUUGUUGUAAAUAAUCUUGUUAAAAAGUUUAAUUCGUAUGUCAAUGGUUUGUGCAGUUACUGUCAACCCUAUCUGAAUGAAUGGCAAACGGAGAGAAGAAAGUUUCGAAGGUUUGCGAAUCAAGUAGCUUCUUGUUUGUACGAUGAUGAAGGUGGUAUGAAGGAGCAGUUGAGACAGUACGGUGGAUUUCCAAAGAACGCUGUAAGCUAUGUUAGGGGCGAUAAAUCACUAUUUAUAAUACUUACUUCUAUUAAAUACAAUAGUUUUUAUAAUGCAUAUACGUAAUAUAAUGAAAAUCAAGUGCAAACUAUUAAAGAAGGAUUAAGAGAAGGGUUACUAAAAUUGUUUCAGCAAGAAUUCAAAGACAACUCAGCUAUUGGAUUCAUAAAGUCAGAUUGGGCCUUGAUCUUCAUGAUAAGACUUGGGCUGAUGGCCGUGCAAAUGUUACCUGAACAUACCCAGUCGAAUCUUGUUAUUGUUACUGAUGGUAUCUGUGCAAUACCUGACGGAGAAGCUUUGCAGACUUUAAUAGGACAGUUACGCAGUCUUACGAUUACUUGUAGCUUUAUCCAAUUAGAACAGUACUCACUCAAAGGGCCUUCUCUUGGUCACGUCGGCUUUACUGAUCUGUUUAAGUAAGUUUUAAAUUGAAUUUUUUUUAGUUUUUCUAUUACUUUUAAAGCGAACUCUUUACCCUAAAUACUUCAGGUUUCUUGCCCGAGCUACUUUUGGUCAGUUUUUGUACGAAAAAGAUCUAUCGGAUACUGAAAACGGAGUUCUGAGCUUCUAUCACCGUGCUUUUCUAUCGUGGAACUUCCAACGUGCUUAUGACAUGGAAGCCAGCUGUUUGGACUCAAUGGAAAUGUUGAGCUUGAGCAACGAAACUACCAGGAUCCGAAAGUUUUCUCAAACUUACUUUACUUCAUUGUACAAGUUACUGUAUAUUAGAUUACGAGAAGGGUAUACGAUCAAGAAUGUGUCAAAGUUUGUGCGAGACAAUGUUGAGAUGUUGCGGGUACAGUUGUCGUUGCUGUGGGAAACUCGAGUUACCAUUGAUUAUGUCAUCUCGGUUCCGUGGGUCGAAAACUUUCAAGAAUUGUAGGUUUUGUGUAUUUUAUGGAUAUGAAUAUGUUCAUAUAUUAUUUGACAUUACUUUUUGAAUUAAAAUAAUGUAUUUAUUGUUCAGAGCCCAUAUUUAUGCUGAAAUGUUUGUGGAAGGUCUGGUUGAUGGUCAAAUGGAGUUCUUCACGGAACACAAUGAUGUUGACCCUUUGAAAAACACGGUGCUACGGUAUGUAGUUAGCUUUAAGUCAAGUUCUUUGAAUUUAUUUUAACGUUUUUAAUUUUUAAUUUAUAUUUUUGAAAUAUGCUUUGUAGGUUAUUGCAAAUUGACGGUCUUUUGGUCCGGUUUCAUUCUUUCAAUCGUCAACAAGCGUUUUAUCAAGUACCAAAAGAAUUACAUGGCGGUAACGCAGCAUUGUUUGAGUACAGACAAGGACAGUUGAGUAUCGUUGAGUCUUCGAAAAGGCUAGCCAACAAAGUUUUUACAAAAUUCUGGGCACCAGCAUGCAAUGUGGAUGAGAACUUGUGGUAUGUUGAUACAUUUACUACCUUUAUUUUAUAAAUUAUUGUAUUGAUUGUCAUUCAAUUUUUGUUAACCUACUUUUCUUUUGUAAUAUUGUAAAGAGUUUUAGGCAAAAACUAGUUCACAUGCAUACGAUAAGAUUGUUACUGACUGAAGAUGACUUUCUACCUCGCCAAAUGUUUACGAAACAUGACAGAAUGAAAUCGAUGGACGAAAUAACUUGCCAGACCUCUAGUAGACGAGUGAUUGAGCUCUUGGGAAAAGAGACCAGCUUCACUCUGGUCAUGGAUUGUGUCUUUGUCAAGUUCAUCAAGUCGUAAGUUAAAUUUGACUGUUUGAGGUAUUAUUUAAGAUUAAUUUGUAUUAUUAUUUUAUUAAAAUUAUGUUUUUCAGGAAACCUGAUCAACCACCAGACUACUUCUACAUAAUCAGAGCUGUGUUUGACGUGCCAUGUGUUAUCUUGAAAAUAGCAUUUUUAGGUGGAUUGAGUAGUCGUCGAAGAACAGAUGUAAGCAGUAGUUGCCAAUUAUUUUAUUUUUCAAUUUUUUAGUGAAAGAUACCAUGGUUCUAUGAGUAAUCGUGCUGUUUAGGUUGUUCGUGAAUUGUCAUCAAAAAUCUGUGCUUUGUCCGGCCAAAAGAACUUUAUUUUGAUGACCAAAUCAGCUGAACUGUGGAUGUGCGAUGACAGAAACAAGCUAGUAUACAGUAAGACGAAACGAACGUACGAAACCCCGUUAGCUCGUGUAAUCAACCGACCGUUGGAGAGAAUACUGGUCAGAUACAGCAGGGUACCUACUGACAUAUCGAACAUUGUACGGUUGGAAGAUACGACCGACAGUUGGGAGAUACGAGAGAUGGUGAUGCACAAUGCCGUGGCCAAGUACAUGAGUUGUCGGAGAGUGAUCUGGGAACUGAAGCCGGUGUUUCCUCGGCUGGAGAAGGUGUCUCGCAAUUCGAUGGAAUUCAUUUUGGAAAUCGUCCUUCGUCGACGGCUAAAACAAGGUUUCAAUGUUGCCUAUGGCUGUAAUGGGAUUGUGAAUCUGACGCGCCAAUUAAAGAACGCUACGACCGGCCUGACUACGGUCGAGCAGUGUGUGUUGUUCGGCCCUGUUUAUACAGAUACUGAAUUGGCAAACAAAACGUAAGUAGAUGCGGAAUAAUUUCGAUUCUCGGUUUAAAUGCAGAUCGAAUGCGAUUUUUGGCCAUAAAAUUUACAUAAAAAAUGGCUAAGGAAUGGUCGCGUUUUCGUUUUAAAAUUGAAAACGGAGUCUUAUUACAGUAAUAAUACGAGGAUCAAUAUUCAAAGUAUGCAGCGUGUAUAAAUUUUAAUUUUUUUGCUUAUUUAUGGCAAAGCUGGACCGAAAACAUAUAAAUUUAAAAAAUUACGUACAAACAAACAAUAUUGAACUUGAAGGAAUAAAAUAAAAUAAUUUGCAGCAAGGAAGCCAGCAAUGAAGACAACUUCGAGUGUGUGAAUGUAAAGAAAAUGAAAGAUAAACUACCUAAACUGUGGCCAAGGAUUGCUACAGAGCUUUGGUUGGAGCCGAAAAGUCGCCUAGACCAAUAUGAUGACGAAGAUUCAGACCCUGCGGGCAUCAACUUGGUUGAUAUCGACAGAGCGAAGCGAGAAGAGGUCAGUUUUGAUAUAAGUUUUGCCUGACAAAUUAUUGUACUAGUCUUUUGAGGAUCUCUCAAAUUUAGCGUACUUUAAUGUAAUGUCUGAUCUUGUCUUUGCAAUCAAGCAUAAUAAUAAUGUGAUCUUUGGAAGCAACGUUUCAAACUUAUUUUAAAAAACUGAGUUUGGAGUGAUAUUGUUCAGGACAAUGGAAUGCGGGGAAUGAGGGCGAGAUAAGUUGUGUGUUCGUCUGUCGCUUGCAAAUGCUUUCCUUGAUUCUUAUCUCCAAUAAUUUAUUUUGUUUUUCAAAACAUUGUGGUUUACUUACAGUUGGCUGAGGCUACUCUCGAUCUUGAUAUGUGGCCAUGUAAAUGAUGGGGCGGGACUGUGAUGCGGCUGUAUGAAUAUUGAAAUUGAAUAGCUGCGCUUUCAUUCCGAACCAUUCUUGUCCAUGUUUGUCGAUAGAGAUGAGGGUUUAGUUGACUUUGUUUUGUUAAGAAGUGGCGGUUGAUAACAGUGUUUUGUUAGGAAUAUCAUUCCAUGCAUAUUAGCUACACCAUCCAUAGUGCAGUUGGGGUGGUGAGAAGCCAUGUACUUUUAAAAUUAUGGUUUUAACUAAAAGUGCUUUCCAAAUAUUGUAGUAGCUGAGUCGUGAAAGUCCGCAGCUUAACAACCAGGUAAUCCGGCAUCUCUCCGGUUUCCGCACUAUAUAACUUGAAAGAGUGAUGAUACGAGGAGUAACCCCCUCAUGUUUCGUCUCGAUUCUCGAAAAGGCCAAUUCGGGAGAGGGACUGUUUUACAGAAGAGAAAUAAGCGCUGAUUCAAAUUUUUGUUUGAUCGGUUUGAGUUUCCCUUUUAAAGCCUCAUUUCGUUCCCUGAAUUCCCGGAGUUUAUUUAAAUAAGCGGCGUUUGGCUCGAAUCAGAGUUUAGAUUACCUUGCUUUAGACGUGCACCUAUGUGUACUGUAACGUAGACAAGGCGGUAUGUCACAAAAUAUCAUGUGUGAGUCAUGCAACAUUUAGCAUCUGACGUAGUCAUGUAACAUUUAGUGUAGUCUAGGCGUUGCGGCAUAUGAAACAAGAACUUUGGAAGAUCUCCCCAAUGAUACCUCCAAACGUAGCAAUGUUCGUAACGUAAAUUCGAUCAAAUUUCAAUAGCUAUUAAUGAUUUUUGGUUUCGAAUCAUGGGCUGUUUAAAUUUAAAACCAAAUUAGUUUCGGCUGGCUGUAGGUGAGAGAGGGUGCAGUUGAGAGGUGGAAUGAUAUUGCUAGUUUAACAGAGUCUGUUCUGUGUAUUCUAUCUACUGUGGACUAAAAGUGUUAAAUCUAAUACUGUGAAAUACAGAUGGACUAGUCUAAGUGAAGGAAAGAAUGUCGCUGUACUCGGAUUUGGCUAGUGAGAUUCUUUUUCUUCAUUUGAACUGGUUUAUUUGCCUACAUUGUCUUUUAAAAGCUACAUUCCUCACUAUGUUGUAACUACUUUCUUAUAAACUCUACUUCUUUAUAAGAAACAAAGUACCCAAUCACAGAAUUGGCAUACCAAUAAUGUUGUUUUAGUUGCUGAAAGAAGAUGACUCAAUUGUCAGAGCUUUGUUUACCUUCGAUCAGCUUAUGCACGCUACAGAAUCCGGGCUGUACGCUGAAGAGGCCCACAACUUGGACAAGGUGGCUAGUCCCAACUCGAAAGAGCAUCUGUCAGGAGCUGUGGACUCUUACAAAGAAGUGUUUGAUCCCAAGUCACUGAUGGAUCACGCAGAUCAGAGAGAGUUCAUGUUGAUGCCAUCUCUGGGCUACGGUAUGUUUUAGCCUAACUAGGUUACUGAGAUUAACACAUAUGAUGAUCAGAAAGAAUAUUGUGAUUGAGGAAUGUGAAUAUAGUCCAAGUUUUAGGUUAAAAUAAAACUUUUAGCUGAUAACAGUAACGAAGACCGUAAGAUUGCGGAUGCGAGGCUGGAGAGUUUGUUGAAGUAUGUACAAUCCGAGCUCACGGCGUAUGCUGAAUGUUGUGUAGACGCUCUCGAUGACGCAUUCUUAUGGAACUUUGUGGAAGAUUGUCAACAACAUUUUGGGAUAAACAGGUUUUAUUCACCCAACAAGUCUGAUGUUGAUACGCUUAUCAAUGCAGAAAACACACUCAAGCUGACAAAACCAAGCAACCGCAUCGUCAGAAGUCCAGUAGCCACGUCUACACGAUCGGAGGUAGGAAUUAAGCUAAGGAGUGAUCUGAUAGGCUUGACUUAGGUUAUAAAUCUGCACAAUGGAAUUUAAGGUCGGGUACUUUUUAAAAUCGAAAAAUAAAAACGAAAUCAAGUUUGACCUUUUAGUACUCAACCGAUGGCUACACGAACGAGAGGGAUUCCAACGAUUCAGACACAGGUCUGGAUGAGGAGAAGACAGAUCCAUUUGUGGAUUCUCCAUUGAAUAGAUCUCUCUCCGCAGUAGCCAAUGACCCCAGUCAAGACUCAACCUUCACCAGAAACCAGACCAUGUCCAGUCUUCAAAGUGAACUGUCAUCUCAGAAGAGGUCCACUUCUGUGCCAGCGUUUUCGGAGCCGGUAAAAGAGACUUUAGACUCACCGACGGUCAAUAAGAGCUUGCUGGAGGCAUUUAACGAUGCCAUUGCUUACUCUUCAAGUUCUUUGAAUGAUAUUGGAUCAGGGUCGUCAGCGGGCUACGAUGAAGGCAGUCCAUCACGGAAGCCGAGUGGACCGGGGGACAAGUCCAGACAUGCAUCUGGUCAGAAACAGAAGGAGGAGAAGAAGGACAGGAAGUAUUCUGGAUCUCCAGUUCACAAAAAGUAAUUUAGUUCGAAUAUUGACAUAGGUUUAGAAAUUUUAAGACAGACUUUAGUUUUCCAAAAACAUUUUUCCAAUCAAGCCAUUUUAGUAUGGUCAAACCAACACGCACCAUCGAAGAUCUGGAAAAGCAACAUCAAACAGCGAUGCGACAGUUUCCCAAGUCCUUUGGGCGGCUUUGGGAUCUACGUUCGAAAGCUGAAUCCUCACCGUUUGGUGUUCUUUGCCGUGCCAAAGAAUGCCAAAACAGUUCGUCUACUAAUGCCACAUUGCUCAACUGGUUUCCCAGUAAUGGCGUAUUAUGUAGACAAGCUUCGUAUGGCCGAACGGUUUGUAGAAGACGGGUUUGGGAAGCUACAGAAUGCAGAAAUCAUCGUGGAAGACUUCAUCAACAAGAGUAAGAUAAGCACGUUGGCAUCACUGAAUCAACAGUUGCGGGAAAAAAUAGAAUCUGAUUGUAAGUUACGAAAAAUUGAUCGAGUUUAUAUAGCAGCUUUCUAUAAAAGUAGGCCUUAAUUCGCUUUGAACGAGGUAUGAUCUGCAACAUAACCUAUAUCAAUUUUAGCUCAAGCUUUGGACGAGUUCUAUUUGAGAGGCUUGGACAUAGACACUAGGCCAAGUUCCCAACGUCCAGAGUUUACUCUUCAGCCCUUCGACCUCAAAAGCUAUGCGGAACAAGUAUUUGAAGAGUACAUGUUUACGAAAGCAUACGUGGCCGCAACUUUUGUAGCUAUCGGUCAACAAGUUCAUGUCCCCAAGUCGGUGCUUCAAGAAACGACCGAAUACCGGUCGGAACACGUUUCUCUGGAGGUCGGACAGAUUCACUCUAUGAUGAAGGACAAGUGUAUUCAUAUGAACAUCUACGAGACCAUCCCGAACAAACUGACUAAUUGCAAUGUGGACCUAGACCCGCUUACUCUAACUCCAUUGCCUGACCCCGAAAUCAUGAGAAGUCUGGAUUCAAGGAAGUACUUCAGAUUACUCAACGGAUGUUUAUCACAAUUCAACGAAUGGAAGGAUUGUUUCCAACGGUUAUUGUCGUCGUAUCACUUCAAGAAGGUUCCAGGGUUACAAGACUUUUACUAUUUUUGGCCUCAUGGGAAGCCUGUGAUCAGGUUUCAGAAUGUAGACGAUGUUUCAAGUAAGAUAAUCUUAAAAUAUAACAGAGUUUUAAUUCCGCAAAACGUCGUAAAAGGAUAAGAAACGUUUAACUUUCAGGCUAUUUCAAAGACGUAUUCCGUGCUGUUGGAGACAAUGCCAAACGAGACCACACAAGCAGAUUAGACGCUCGGAAUACGAUCCCAUCAUUACAGUACGAAGACGACGAUGUCAUCCAGUUGUCAGCUGCUGACAUCUGGCCGCUUUUCAUUCAGUUCUCCAUCGCCGUUAUUGGACCAGAAGGAGAGAUGGACAGCUUCCCAGUAGCAGAUGUGCCCAAUUGUCUACGAGAGAUAUCAGAGAAGUGUGACAUCAGAGUACUACAGCCAAUUUGUGAAGGAAUCAACUCACACACUGAGCUACGGGUCAUGGUUGAUAUGUACAUUUUGUCGUGGCCGUUACCUACAAAUUCACCCUUUCGAUUGACGGAUCCUCACUUGACUUAUGCUCGAUAUCAAGAGAACCAACAAUACAUGGCAGAGAUGGAGGAUGACUUCAAAUAUGGUACGAAGACAAGACAUUCCAGCAAACAUCAAGAUGACAAUGACAGCAACAAGGAGGAAUGUAAUGUAGUUAUUCAGGACGCAGACUAUAUGCCUGUACAACAACGUCAAGAAGGUCUCAGAAGAGCCAAUGAAUUCUUGAACCAGCUGCCAAAAGUAGAACAUGCUGCCAUAACACAACUUCAUCAAGCUCUGAAACGAUUAAUAUCGACCGAGUUGUUCUUUGACUACGGUAGACUAUGUGAACAACCUUCUCCAGCACCACAACCAACAUGGGAUAUGUUAUCCUCAAUGUUCUGCUUUAUUAGCCAAAUAGCACGGCCAACAGAAUCCGAACCUUUUGCCAUCGUCAACUACCCAGAAGCCACCUUCCAAGCUUAUGAACAACGUUUGGUCUUAAUCGGAGAUGUAGAAGAUGGCGUCAGAAGACUUGGAGAAAGACUUAAUGGACUAAACAUUGAGUACGUAAAGCUACGACAAUACGAUCCUCAGAAUCCGGGUUCUGACUUCCGGAUGCCAGAAGAAUAUUUUUCUUCUCAGACUCUGUUUGACGACGAUCCGAAUCCAUUUGUCUUCUACGCUUCUUCUGUUAGCGACGUUGAGAAGCUAGAGGAAGUUUUGGAGGAACGGUCCAACUCUUCGGCUACACGAAAAAGCAGAGCUUCAUCGUGCGGGUUGGUACUGGAAACUGUAGUACGAAACGUACCUGAACAGAAGUCGUCAAGUGAGUUUUCAUCUGAAUUUUCUGAAAGCGAAACAGAAACCAUCGACAUGGUACAGCCUCUGAAUGACAAAGAUAACAACACAGAGCAUGGAGGUAACGACCUGGCUGGACGAAGAAGUAGGCUGAAACGACAAAUGAAACGAUACAAUUCGGCCAACAGCUUCUACAGAACAUCAUCUGUAGCGUCGAAAGCCGAAGGGGAGACGUCGGGCGAAGAUGAAGAUGACAUUCGUGUCAUUUCCUCAGGCUCUGACAGUCAAAUGAGCCAGACUGACGGAUUUUUUGUAGGAAGUGAUUGCGGCACGUUAAUAGCGGAAGAUCAAGUUUGUUCAGGUGGGUGUUUGAUACUAAGAAUUCUUAUUAAAAUUUGAUUAUCUUUCUUGUUUGUAUUUUUGUCACUUAUAGCUUAAAGUUCCCAAUAUUUUAGGAGAAGCGGCGCUAAUAGUACCCCAUAACACCAUAAACAACACUUCUGGAGGCAGUGGCAAAGUCAAAGACGGGUUUCCUAUCGACUGGCUGAAGGAAUCAGGAGUGUACGAUGAGAACUCAGAUGUCAGUUCUGACGAAUGUUCACACAAGACUUUGAAUGACAAAAAGCAAGCUUACCGCCACGACUUCUGGCUUCUAGUCCAUGUUCGUCGUGGAGAUCAGUACAAGACUUCGGUCUACUCUUUCUGUCGCUACAACUCUCCACACAAAACAUUGUUCGACUGUGCUGUCUCAGCAGUAGAAAAGCAAAUCAAAGUUGUUAAUCAACAACUUUUGUUGAAUCAACUGCACCAGUCAGAAGAGUGCGAUCAGCUUUUACUCGACAGCCCAGACGUGAUCGAAAAGCAUAAUAGUGCAAACAGUCAACCUCAGCAACGGCGCCAAGUGACAUUCUUUACCCACGAAAGGAUGGGCAAUCAUGUCCGCAACUUCAUGCGGCUGCCAUCAGAGACGGAAAACGACAAGAGUUCAGACGAAGAAGACUUUCCAGUGUCAGAGAACGACGAUGAAGGCAUCCUGGACACGGAGUGGAUGCACUAUGCCAGAUGCAAAUACCCUCCGGGCUACUUCGCUUGUGAUCUUGUCUGGCAUCACUGGUUCGAAAUUCAUCCUCGACUGCAACCGACGAAUCGGCUACACAGUGGCGGCACCGAUAUAGGGCUAAAGGCCAUUCGGAUGGGGCUGGAGCAAUUUGCCGUCAGAAAUCGACCUAAUAUGUAUGUUUACAAAGAACAGAAUGGAAAUGUGAUCUACAUGAAGAUAUUCUCUUGUGACGAGUCACAGUUGUCAUCAGAAUUCGAGAAUGUAACUGCUGAUAAACGGCCCCAAAUGCCAUUAAGAUCACGGCCUGGCAGCCAUGUGUUGUGGGCGGUGUACGGUAUCCAGAAUCCAUCCCAAGAUGUGGCUGAAGGCAUGAGAGAUAUGUUACAAAAGAAACUCGACACUAAGACCUUGGAGGAGAUACAGAACGUACUGUCCAAGAACGCACAAGUACGGUUAGACUUUAGCGACGCUAAGUUCAUCCAACGUGAACCUCAACAGCCAGCUCAAGUUUACUUCUAUGCCGUUCCAGAGUCAGUCACCAUCUUUCAGCGUGCUCUCAUUGGGUACGUUGAGCAACAACUUGAGACUUUCUGUACUCCGCCACACGUUCGAGAACAAAGUGGAGCUUUCAGUGUUAUGGCUCCACAUUCUCCCAAUCCUUCUGGUCGUCGAACUCAUCAUCAUUCAAUGGCAUGGGCUUUUUGUCCUUAUGUGCUUAAGGGGAUGCCGAAGAACCCAACUGACUACACUCCCAAGUUCUACUUGCUUAACAAACCUCCGGGUAUGAUUGUUUUUACGUUGUAAACAUGUUAAACGAGUAAGGAAAUGCCUAAAUCAUACUAAAAAUCAAUAUUUUAGGCGAAGGCAAACGAGAUGUUGGACUGGCCUGUAUUGAAGUCAAGCUUCUGAACUCAAAUUUGGAAUGGGUAUCGAAUCCAACUCAAAUUGAAUCGGACGACGAGAAUAUGAAUCCUUUGAACAGUUACCUUCAGAAGUCUUUACAACUCACAUUCCGUCAAAGAAUGGCACAUCUCAGAAAUUUGGCUACUUGUACAAAAGUAGAAGAUCCUACUAGUCAAGCUGGUCAUAAUGGCAUGUUCCAACUGAAUGUUUGGCAAAAUGGAAACAUUAAUCUAGAAGAAUUGAACGACAAGUUCAUGGUGACGAUAAAGCAAGCAGUUUGUGACGUGCUAACAGAGUACGGGCUGCUGGCUAUGACAAUGUUCGAACCUACUGGAGCUAUAUCACACUCGGGGUCGUUCAAUGUUCACAACACAAACACACAGCUUCUGAAGGGUGUUACAGAUCCGAAGGAAAUCGCAGCCAUCAGAGCUCAACAGAUCUCUCAGUCAAAACCUGAACAGAUCGGGGGGCAUCGAAGACAUACUGUACUUGGGGAUCGUCGCCGACUGGCAGCUGACACUUCUAAUCACAAUCUACAGUCCCAUCAACAACAGCAAUGUCCUCCAUCUCCAGUUCACCAAUUACACCCUCAAAGUCAGCCGAACCCACCGCUUAACAGGAUGGCAUUACAACUUGAUGACGAAUUCAUGAGUAAAGUCACCGCUGCAGCUGUUGCUGACUACAGAUACGAUCAGCCCAGUUCUCCUAAUCCUUCAUCAGGUAACGUGAAAUACUUUUAUUAAGGUUCACAUCUUUGCUAUUAUAUUAUUCGGCUAUUAUAUAAUUCAUAAUUUGCAUAUCAUUUUAGGUGGUUCCAACGAUUUUGUAAAAUCCGAUGGUUCUCACCCGACACCACCUCAAGGAUCUACCCCGGCUCUUAGUUCUACAGCUAUGGGUAUCUAUGGAUUUUACCAACACGAAGACAACAUGACCCCACCAUCUUCUAUAAGCAGAAACCAACCCAAUACAAGUGGAGGUAAUGCACCUCCGAGAGACCAAAGUCCUUUUGGAAGCACAAUCGGUAUCACAAACGUGAACAGAAGUUCGAGUGGAAGCGGGGGAGGAGAUAAUGCACGACAAGUAUCGCCAGCACUCCACGCUUCUGUAUCCGCAACUCUUGGCAAGUCAAUGGACGAAUCUCAGUUCCAAGCUCAAGUGCAACUUCCUCCUCGGCUGGCUUCGAUGGGAACCCAUGCAUCUUCAAACGUAGUAACGGCAGCUAUGAAUGCUGUAGCCAAUUUAGCUAAGGUGGAGCAAUCCCCUACCCGACCGAGGCAAUCCACUCAAAAAGAGACUGCCAUAGCGACUCCACCACCCCAGCCUCCAUCUCGUCAGUCCCCAACUGCGUCUCCUAUACCUUUGGAUUGGAUGAAAGUAGACUUUGCUCAAACUGCUGCUGAUUGGCUGGAAUUCUCGGUUAAUGAAACCAAAAAUGAGAUACAUAUGGAGAGUACGGUCAAGAGAUGUGCUCUUAUGUUGGACUGUGAUGGGUCAGCCAGAAAAAUUGUUCAGGUAAAGAGAAACGAGACCAAGAUCUUUAUAUUGUGUCGUGCUAAAUGCUAAGUUACAGUAGUCAACCAAAAUACUAUUUUAUAGGUUGUGUACGACAGAUUACGGCCAAUAUUCAAAACCGAAAGGCUGGCCAUAUGCAAAUGUGUGGCCCCAACUCCUGGAGUACAGUCUUCAGAAUACGUUACUCCCUCAGGCAGGAAGUUGAAAACCCUGAAUUCGGUCAACAACUUGUUAGAACCGAUAGAAGUUGACUUGGGAAGAGCCAUUAACAUUGAUGAAGAUGAAGAGAUCGAGCUGGUGUUGGUGGGAUACCACGAGAAACAGCUAACUGACUUGGUCAAGAAACCAAAAGACAACCGACAGUCUUACGCUUCUAACAGAAUGUACGAUGAUGGCACUGGGGGUAAGUAUUAUUAAACGCGUUGUUGUUUUCAAAUAUAUUUUUUUAUACCUAUAAUCUAAAGGUUACAUAAUUGUAACCCAAUCAAUGUCCGUGUUUGCAGGCCGAAUCCAACGCUUCAAUCCAGUCCAAGAAAGUAACUGUCCUAGAAGGAGAAUGCUGUACCUGUUCGCAAGAGGCGAGACCAUCACCAUGUUCUUGUACAACUACACCAAAGACUUGUGUUCCAAAGCCAAAGAGGUCGUAAAGCGAACAGUAUUGUGGCACAAUGCCAGAAGUCGCCUGUUACGAGAAGUUGGGCUACACAAAAUGGGAAUCACUCACCUGAAUACGUUGAAGAAUAGUGAUUACAAUACCUACUUAUCGUUAACGUGGCAGAACCCUGAGACUCUAGUCAGAAACGAUUAUCCGCCUGAUGAUGUCAAAUACCCAGACUUCUCUAAAAUACCCAAGAAAUACGCUCAGUUGCUGCUAAAGCUUUACAGGUUCUCUGGUAAGUUAUUUAAAAAUGCAAAGUAUGGUUUAUUAAUGAUGCUGACAGAGAUUAUAAUAUGUGCCAAACGGUUAAAACAGUAUCUCAUGUUUUAGACUCCGCUUUUGUGGCCAAAAACUUCUCAGCCGAUCCAUUCGAAGACCAAACUCAACAGAUGUUAACCUUAAGAGAAGAUGUGAGAGCCAAGCUGAAUGAUCAUCGUUUAUUCGACGAAAUUCAUAAACGACUGAUGAAUGGCAAUGGAGAGUUGAAAGAAGACGCCUUAAUACGAAUCACGUCACGUUCACAUCACGCACACUUUGUCCAAUCUCCUUUGUUGUUGUUCACAAGUUGGAGAUAUCAGAUUGCUCAGAUCAGAAAGAACCUCGCUAGCCAUGUUGAUAUAUCAGGAAUAGCAGCCGACGGAGGAGUCAGAACGAGCUACCCCAACCUGACAACUUCUAAAAAGGCUGUGCCUGACGAAAAACAGAACGUCAGCAUUCUUAAGUCAUCGUUCCGAGUCAAGAAUUCAAGUGACUCAACUCCCAAGAACCGGUCGAAAACAAUGACGUAAGUUUGGCUAACAAUAAAUACCGUAAUUUAAUAGAUAAAAAUCAACAUAGUCCAAGUUACUGUAAUAUUAACAAAUUGUAGGUUUUCUCAUACCGAAAAGAACCUGGAGCCACCAGAUGAAAUCCACAAGAAGCCAGUCAACAUGGUGAAUUCAGCACCACUACAUUCAGUACUCAGCCAUCCGAAGAUCGAAGAUGAGUUUUGCAUGAUCAAGAUACAGUACAUGUUGGUGGAAGACUAUGUCAACUACCUCCAACUAAUCGGUCUUAAACUUCUCAGAAUCCAUUCGGAAGCUCACACUCAAUCCUACAAUCUCGGGUACACAGCCGAAUGCACCCAAGCUCCAAAUGUCUGGUUAUAUCUGGCAAAACCGGGUGGAGUCAUCUUUGCUCACGUCACAUUCGUCGAGCCCUACUUUGCGGUAAGUUGAGGAAUGUUUACCUAUUUUAAACGUUUUUAAUACCAUUUGUUUUAAUAGUACUAAAAAAACUUAUUUUAGGUACGUUUUUUGUUCUGGAACGCCUCCCAACUCGGUGACUACUUCCAAUCCGACCAACCGAUACCUCAACAACAACUGGAUGACAUGAGGCAGAUUGAACUAAUCAAGAACGACCUCAUCGCACGUUGUCAUGUCCACUCAUUCACCUAUGACUUCCAUCUUCGGAUGGUAUCAAAGUACCUAACUGGAGGUCAACAAGUCCUGUUCAAUCGUGGCUACAACACAAAUGCUUUCUUGAUCGACUUCCUACAAUACUAUGGUUGUCGCCCUCCAUUCGCAUUGAACUGUAUCUACGAAGAGAGAGCAUCGUUCGAAGAUCUGAAGGUAACAGCUCAUAUUGUGUGGGAGUAUUUCCUCAACAACGAAGCUCAGUUUGGAUGGGAGGUGGUGAGAAUAAAGAACAUAGAAGCCAACGAAUACAUGUUGGUAUCCAAGGAGUCGCGUGAGAUCACUGGCCACAGAUACACUUUGAUCACCGUAAUAUUCAACGACACCAAGCCAGAGUUUCUUCAUUCUCACAGGAUUGACCUGAAGCUGUAUGUAGUGAUGGUAGCGGAAGAAUUCAGUAAGUAAUCCUACUUAAAAAUAUACUUAAAAUAACACAACAGUUGUUGCUCAAUCUCACCACCAAACAAUAUUUAGUUUAUCUUUUCUUCAGAAUUCAGUGGAAAUGACGCUGUAAUGCGGCGAAGAGCUGGUAGUGGAGAGUUCACACGAAAGGCGACAUCUACUGAAAGCAUUUCAACAGCUUACUCUGUAGCCAUGAGGGAGCAAACUUAUUCUGGUUCCAACAGUUCCAAUGCUAGUGGUACUGGAGGUGAAUUUACUCGAGUGGAACGUCCCAACGUUCUCACAGAUCAACCUCAACCUCCUUCGGGAACACAUGUCAGUAGGUAAGACACAUAAAAUCUAAUACAUUGUGAAUCUAUAGAUACGGUAGAGGUAUAAUUAUCAAUUUUUCAGGAUGGAAAUCUUCCGGAAUCAGAUAUCGAAAGAGAAAGAAAUCAAAGCGCUGGAUGAACUGAUAGCCUUCUCCACAGACGAGCUUAUGUACGAUGUGGGACUACAACCUAAACAACAACGGUCCUCAUCCUCAAAACAGCGACGACACUUCAGUGGAGAUGCUGUCAGAGAAGAAAUGGCAAAGGCGAGGGCCAAGAACGGCUCAGAACCCCCGAUCGAACGUGGAAAUCUCCAGAAACACGAAUCCUUGAUUGGGUCCAAAAUGACGUUACGAUCAGUAUCAGCAGAAACCCGGAAGCCAGAUACAAGACGAAACAGUGACGUCGUCUUCAGCACUGUAGCCGCAUCUAAACGCUUCGGAGGAUCAUUGACAAAACUCAACUUUUCAGACAAGAUGGAUGAAGUGUGGAAACAGCCUGAGGGCUCGGACAACUCUUUCGUAUCGUUUGAUGCUUCUAGCCACGAUAAAGAACGUUUAUCUAUCCAGAAGUCACCUAUGAGGAGACAUCACCAAGCUUACCUCGAUGGGUUACUCAAAAGACAAAGUGAUGCUGUCCUACCGCCAGAACAGGUAAGUGUAAUGUGACAAGAAAUGUUAUUAACAGUUAUGAUCAAAGCCGAAAGCAAUAAAUAUCAUUGUUCCAGGUUACUUAUGUCCAUUACCUAUCGAAUCAACAACGCCGUCUACAACAUCUACUUGAAGAAAGUGCCAAAAUCAAAAAGGAAGAAUUGAAUGCCUUCGUCCGGGAUGAAGCCGACCGGAUCUGCUACAUCAAUUCCCUUUGGAAACGACUACAUUCUGUUAAAACUGCCAGUGAAACAAGGAAACCACACACAACUACAUUGUUCACCACCAAAAACGAUUCUGGAGGUGAUGCAAGUUCCUUCAAGUCUCUGAUGUCAGACAUGACAUUCGACGAACUGGAAGCCAUGCUGAAUGUGGUACGAGUGGAAGAGAUUGGUCACGAAGAACCACGGGUUGAAGCUCUUCUGAAGGACCUCAACUUCACUCGUUUUAUAAAAUACGUCAAAUCGACCAAUGACCUGGGAAUGCACUGCAGGUACUUUGACCAUCCCAACAAGAGAAUCAUCGUGUUCCUGACUCCAGGCGAGGAAGAAGAAUCCGCUCUGAUGCUGGUCGAGAAAGCAGAAGCCGCGAAGCUGAAGUUACUGCUACUUAUCAAAGAAUCCUCCAAAGACAUCAGAAUACCUAAUCCGUCCAAAGUAUACCGUCAUUUCGAACACAUUGUCAACUUCAUUGGGUCCUUCGGACUGUUAGAUCUUGUUAGUCAUGUACCUAUACUGCCAUAG